CGCACACUAAGGCCUCGGUCUGUUUCUAUUUUAGCUUUUCGCUUCGAAUUAGACGAAAACAGAUAGGACACCUGUUCGGUUCAUUUUUACAGUGCGCAGCAAACUCCUAAUGUCGUGAAAAAUCAGUUCUCCCAUUGUUCGUUAAGAAUGCUCGACUUUGUCUGCCUCAACGAUAGCUUCUUCGGGGUGGACUUUUCCCGUCCGGACGACACCUCUAUCCGUUGUAUCCUGUUCGACAUGAAUUCGAUCUGGGUCGAGCAAAUGCCUAUUACUGCCCUGAUCGAGCGUGAGCAUAAACGGAAUCCAAUCAUCAGUUGCAGUGAGGAGAUUGUCGAUAGCACUCUGUUCGCUAAGCCGGCCACACUAUACACGCUCGAGCGGGGUAAUGGCGCCGAACGCGAUCGACCGGUUAAAUUGGCCGCCAAGUACUACGUGGACGGCAUGCCAGUUACGUUUGGGUUUGAGCUGCGGUUCGGCACCCCCCACCAGCUGUCGGAGCACGUGACGAUACCACUCUGGCGCGCGGUGCUGUUGCUCGAGGCUCAAAAUCAUAGUCUGAAGCAGAUGCUAGCGAGCAAAGACGCUGAGCUUGAGCAGUAUCGCAUAGAGGGCGCAAUUCUCAAGCGAACCACCCUGCAGACACCCGUCUUCAAUGAGGAGCUAUUUGAGAAGCAGUUCGUCGACCAAGGCGGAGCGGGAAAAAUUAUGGGGCUGCUUGCCCGAGACCAACGCCAACGAACCGACCUGAUGCGGGCGGUUAGCUUCGUCGACCCGGCAAGCAGCGUCACAGGAACUGAGACCACCACCACCAGCGCUCAGCCUGGAGUAGCCUGCAGUAGUGGAAACAAUAUUUCGCCGCGAACGGGCGCCAUUAAACGGAAAAACAAGCGAUGGCAUCCAUCAUUCUCCAAGCCAAGGAAUCGGUCGCUGCCGAGCACUCCAAACCCUUCGUUCUGGUGGCCGGAGGACGGUGACUAAAGAUGGCGCGGGACCCAGACAACGGUCGGGCGGACCACUUGCGGCCAACGGUGAUAAAGCUAACCUCGCAAAACAA